AACAGAGAGAGAGAGAGAGAGAUUGAGAGAAAUAAAGAGAGAGAGAGAGAGAGAGAGGGAGCGCGUUAAGGGUAAGAAGAGAGGAAUAGAGCGUGAGCAUACCGUGACUCGCGCGCGCGGCAUCAAAGAGCAAAGCGACAGGCGAAGAGUGUGGAGUGCGAGAAGUGGAGAAAUCGUGGGAGAGAAAAGGAGGAAUAGAUAGAGAAAGAGGAAGAUAGCACGCCGUGUUGAGAAAGAAAAAAAAAAAGAGCAGCUUUCCCUCCCUUCUCUCCGACUUUCUUCGACGAUCAGACAGGACAGCGUCGUUCAACGUCACCAGCGACGUCGGCAUCCUGCACGAUCAACAUAUUGAACAAGAUGAGCGUGGGGAAAAUUUUAACAUGGAUAUCGUAUUCUAUGAUCGUGAGCGAGUGCCACAUUCGAAAGGGACGUGACGAGGAUGGCUCCAAGUUAAUACGUAUCAACGGUGACGUGAUUCUUGGCGGGAUCUUUCCAAUGCACGAGCAGGUGUCAAGCUCCAUCGGUCAAUCGCCAUGCGGCGCAGUGAAAGAAGAAAAGGGAAUGCAACGUUUGGAAGCUAUGUUGUACGCCCUCGACGAAAUAAACUCGGACAGAGAGUUACUGCCAAACACCACGUUAGGCGCACUUAUCCUCGACUCCUGCAGCAGCGACACUUACGCACUUGACCAAAGUAUGGAGUUCGUUAGAUCUUACAUGAAUCAAGAUAUAUCGGAAUACAAAUGCGAAAAUGACAAACCACCGAUAUAUGUGCCCCAUAAACCUGUCACCGGCGUUAUAGGAGCUUCCUUCAGCGUAGUCUCCAUUAUGGUAGCCAAUAUUCUCCGAUUGUUCAAGAUACCGCAAAUAAGCUACGCAUCGACGAGCACAGAACUGUCGGAUAAAAGUCGCUUCGAAUAUUUUAGCAGAGUGGUGCCACCAGAUAAUUUUCAAGCUCAAGCCAUGGUGGAAAUCAUUCAUCAACUCGGUUGGAAAUACGUGUCUACGGUUGCAGUUGAAGGUGAUUACGGAGAGAAGGGCAUUGCCAGUUUUAUCUCAUUGUCGACGGAAUACGGUGUCUGCGUGGCAGUGAGCGAGAAGAUCCUGAGGAACUCGAAAACCGAAGAUUUCGAUAAAAUUGUCGAACGACUCAGCUCGAAACACAAUGCCAGAGGUGUGGUAUUAUUCGUCGAUGAAGAUAACAUAAGGAAACUUCUACAGGCAACUGUUAGAGCCAAUCGUACAGGCCAUUUCAUGUGGAUAGGCAGUGAUUCAUGGGGUGCUAAGGUAUAUCCAGUGAGAGAACAAGAAUUCGCGGCGGAAAGUGCAAUCACAAUCUUGCCUUUUAGAACAUCCCUCGAGGAUUUCGACGAGUAUUAUUUAAAUCUUCGACCAAGAAUGGACAACGAAUGCGACGGCCAAACUGAGGAUAAUGUGCCGCAUAAAAACUUGCCCGGGAAAAUAGUGAAUUGUCGGAAUGUAUGGUUCCGAGAAUUUUGGUCCCAGCAUCAUAAAUGCAGUUUCGGUACAAAUUCAUCAGUUGCCACAACAGCCUGUACCGGCGAGGAGGAAUUGAUUGAUUACGAGCAAGAAGGAUUGGUGCCAUUUGUCGUUGAUGCAGUUUAUGCGAUGGCAUACGGUGUUCAUAACUUGAUAAACGAAGAAUGCAUGAACAUUGCCAAUACUAGUCAUCAUUUGUGCGAAGACCUUCGUCCAGCACCAGACGGUCAGCAACUUCUUCAGCACAUUCGGAAUGUUAGUUUCAUCGGUCGUCAGGGUACUGAAAUUAAAUUUAAAUCUGACGGUGAUGCGUAUGGAUUUUACAAUAUCUAUCAGUAUCAAAAGAAAGAAGAUGGCCGUUUUGAUUAUGUGCUUAUCGGCUCAUGGAAAGAGGAACUGGAUCUUAAUAUUAACAUGACAAGAUGGACAGCAGGACCUGGAGAAAUGCAUAUUCCUCGAAGUUUAUGCAGCGACAAUUGUCCCUUAGGUCAUGUACGCAAUUUUCAGGAAGCAUGUUGCUGGAGCUGUGUGGCAUGUCGCGAAGACGCGUUCGUUUUCAACGACACUUGUCGCAGCUGCGGUCCAGGAUAUGCACCGGAUAAGACAAUGACAAGUUGCAUCAAACUAACAGCGGAAGUUAUUCCAUGGACCAGCCCAUGGGCAUUGGUACCAUUAAUAUUUGCAUCCAUUGGCAUACUUAGCACACUAUUCACAACUGUUGUCUUCAUUCGUUUCAAUCGUACUCCAGUAAUUAUGGCAUCUGGACGCGAAUUGUGUUACGUACUGUUAGUAGGAAUUCUAUCCUGUUACGGUAUGAGUUUCGUGAUAUUAAGCAAGCCAACUACGUGGAACUGCACGUAUUUGAGAAUCGGCCUCGGCUUGUGCCUGAGCAUUUGCUACAGCGCGAUACUAACUAAGACAAAUCGGAUAUCGCGCAUCUUCAAUCAAGGAACAAAAAGUAUAAAGAGACCUUCUUACACGUCUCCGAAAAGUCAAGUUGUAAUCGCUAUCGGGAUCACUGCAGUGCAAUUAGUUGGUGUUAUCGUCUGGCUAAUCAUUGAACCACCGGAUACCACGGAGAUCCAUCCAUAUCCAUUGUCAGCAGUACUCACAUGCCGCGUUUCCACGUUCUCCUUAAUGAUGUCUCUCGUCUACAACAUGUUCCUAAUACUCAUGUGCACACUGUACGCGUUCAAAACACGUAAGAUACCGGAGAAUUUCAACGAAGCGAAAUACAUCGGUUUUACAAUGUAUUCGACGUGCAUUGUAUGGUUAGCUUUCGUACCCAUCUACUUUGGCUCAAACAAUGACUAUAAGGUACAAAUAGCGAGCAUGUGCAUGUGCAUCAACAUCUCUGCGUCAGUAGCUCUCGGUUGUCUCUUCACGCCGAAAGUAUAUUUGGUACUUUUUCAACCGUAUAAAAAUGUUCGGCCUGGACAUACUAAUACGGGUGUACUUCAAAGUGGUAAUCGUGCAGCGUACAGCAUGCGAUUUUCUGGCGGUCGUAGUCAAACAAUGCAGAGCAUGACCUCCUGUUCUCGGAGCAGUCCACCGGCACCACGUCCAAGCCAGGACGAGGUGAAACAUGCCAACGAGUGUCAGGCCAGAAUUCAUGAGACCACCGUGGAGAUAUACGACGACGAUGAAGAGGACCGUAAGCUCUCAACUAUCCAGGAAGUGUCAGAAUCAAGAGACAUUUCCAGUCCUUCGAUGUUCGCGGAUAAUUGCCGAAAUCGAAGUCGGAAGUCGAUUUCCAGCGAUUCUGACCAGUCGGGCGAUCCAGUACGUAAAAAUCGCACGGGAACAAUCAGUUGCAUCUCCGACAAAGUGGUGUCUUAUAAAUCGGAAGCUAACGCUUUUCCCAGCGAAGAUCAAACUUUCCACGUCUACAGCGACUCACCGACGUUUUCCGAUUUUUCAUCGUAGAUCACGACACGUAACGUCAAGGUAACCAAGAAAGCUGUCAUUUUUUUUAACACGCGAAGAAUUAUUUAACGGUGCCAAGACGUCUUUUUAGCCUCGCAUUUGUCCCGACAAGGACAAAUUAAAAUAUAAAAUGCAUAUAACAUAUAAAAUACAUAUAUGCAAGAAAAUCAAGUAUCUUUUGUAUAAUGAAACUUUUAUUCUAAUUUAUUCAACUUGUUCUUCCAGUUGUCGAUUUUCUUUCCAGUAUUUCUGAGCAGAAUCUAUCGUUUCAAAUCUUGAAUUAGAAAUUCACAUUGAAAAAUCUUCCGUCACUAUUGCAGUAAAUGAUAGAAAACUAAAAUAUAAUUUAUUCUAAUAUGAACUAGUUGACAUUAUUACGUUGCUUGAUGAACGAAGAUAAUAAUCUCAAUUCGUUAGUUCCUUAUACAUCACUUAGAGAUAAAUAUCGCAAUAUUUCGUACUAUAUAUUACGACAUUCAAUCAAAGUUGACGACACGUGUACAAAGUAUUUAUACUUGUUUUAUAUUACAUGUAUAUAAUGUUGAUUUACUUUACGAGGACGAAGUCUUGAUUGAAAUUUUGAUAGAACACUAGUAGAAUAGGUGUUGUACACAUUUAUUUGUGAACUAUUUUAUGAAACAGUGUCAAAUACUUUGGAAUUUUGAAAAAUACAAAUUACCAAGAUUUUAAUGGCAAGUCUCGCUUGCUGAAGUGUAUU